CUGGAAUGUGCUGAAGUUAUUGUUCCAUAUGUCUCUAAGAGUUAGCUCAGUAUCAGAGGUCACUUCAAAGCACUUCUGAAACAGAGCUUGCGGUGUAUAUUAUAUAGACAGACAUGCUUCAGUUUCAUUGCCUUAGUUACAAACCUCGUAUCUGUCGAAGUACCAUAAUUUAGAUGAAAUAUGGCGUGUAUUGCCUAGGUAGUAGGUUGGUAAACAGCAACUACCCAGGGAGGUACUACCGUCCUGCCAAAAUCCCUAAGAUGAAGUUGAUGUAUGUAGUAGUAGUGGCUCUGACUUCUCUGGUCACUUCCAAGACUGUAGAUCUUCCAGAUAAUGUGCACACACAUCCGUCUCUUCUGAGGGAAGUUAUAAACAUCAGUAAAGAUAUUCAGAGCAUCUCCAGAAAGGGACUAGAAUACUACUUGAUCAACUAUGGUCCUCUUGUUAAAGUGUUUGUCACUGAUUUCAUGGACACUUUCGGUGUAGCCAGAAACUUGCAGCUUGCCAUCCCAAUCAUUGUUAAGUUAUUAAUCAUUGGUGUGUAUGCAGCCAUGCAGUUCCAGCCUUCCUUGGUAGCAUUCCAACAGACGGCCCAGUCAGCAUAUAUUUUCUUGAAGAAUUUCAAUACGCCAGAGCUUAAAAUCAUGAAUGACUUGACAGACAGUGUUUUUGAUGUCCUUGAUAAUGAGGUUGUCUAGGUCUUAUUAGUUGUAAAGAGUGUGCAGGUAUAUGCAUAUAGCAAUAAAGUUAAAAAAUUGU